GCUUGGCUCUGUCUCGCAGGAAAACUACUGGGGCAGGAGCAGUGUAGGACGAGUCAGUCCGUGAACUUGCGGCAGUGUACUUACAGAAGUCCUCAGUUUUGCGACUACAGGCGAAACAGACUGAAGUAAAACGAGGAAAAGAGGAUAAAGCUGCAGAAUGGGCGCUUCAGCAACGCCAGUCACACUGUUUACACUUUUCUGGCUUGGCGUGGGCGGCGUGAUUCCGUGGUUUGUGCCGAAGGGGAACAACCGCGGGCUAAUCCAGACAAUGAUUGUCACUACUGCUGCCCUCUGUUAUAUAUUCUGGCUGUGUGCAUACAUGGCUCAGAUGAAUCCUCUCACGGGACCCCUUCUGAACAACAAGACUGUCAUCAUCAUGCGACAUGAAUGGAUGUAGAUAGCUAUAGAUGGGGAGCCAAAUAUGUGCUGACCUGAAAACCUCUCCUGCUUCAAUCUCUGCCAGGAAUGAAGCAGCACCGUUAUGAAUUAUUCCAAUGUUUAGGAUCAAUACUCAAAGGGUGUAGUGCAUCAUACACACCACAGCUGUGCACCCUCCUUCUGUACCAACUUCUCCUUUUUUCCCAGACAACUUCCUCAGCUGCUUUACAGGUGGUGUCAUAAGUUAGUGCACAUCUGUGCAGUACAGUGAAAAGAAUGAUCUGUUUCUGCAUUUUUACAUAUUUGCUUUACAGAAGAGAGACAUAACAGUAGAUAAUACGGUGUGUACUUUACAGAUCAUUGCCGUGAUUUUGUAGCGAUGCCUUCUGCUCGAUUCUAUGCCACUCUUAUCAUCCACUGUUCACGGCCAGCUGAUCCCAUGGAUAAUGCGGGCAGCUCGUCACUCUGAUCACUAAGCGUGAAAAGAAAUAGCACUGGAAAAGGCAUCACUACAAAAUCGCAGCCCAUAUGUUGCCUUCUACUGUAGUUGUUUAAUUUCUCUCAUCUUGUUGCCUGGGAACCUAACAUAGCACAAGAGACAUGCACUUAUUAAAGGUGUAAGGACAGAAAAUGUGUACAUGAACAGAGCACAGGGAUAAGAAGCAGAAGUUGGGUAUGUGAUGCCUUUCCAUUUUUAUGUGGAAAAUAGAAUUCUGCUAUUUCUCAGACGUUUUCCUUCUGUGCAUAUGCGAAACGUUGCUAUGGUACCCUGUUAAAAUGGACUACUAUAAAGAAACCCAGGUAGUUAGAAGAAACAGGAACCCUUGACUUGGGCAUAUCUCGUAGGCCCAGGUGUACCUUUGGGACUUCAAACAUCAGCCAUAUAACUGCUUAACCACUUUCCUGUUCAAACAUCCAUAAACAGUACUUGUGCUGUGGCCCUUUUAUGUGCAUGCUUUCAUAGGUUUUUGAAGCCUGCUCUUAGCUCAUUAUACCAUUCUAAUGGUACAGAUUGAAGCUGUCAACAUGUGUACACUUCCCAGUAAAGAAAUUUUUCAAAUGGGAAAGCAUUUUAUACUUUCUUGCUGGAUAAGUAUCGCUACUGUCUGGGCCUUACUGCUUGCAUCACACUUUGGUGCCUGCAUGUCACACUCUGCCAGUUUAGCCUGAGCUACAGUUUGUGUUCAGUGUGUUGCAACAAAAUGAGAUUCAUUAACAUAGUUGACAUGUUUCUAAUGUAGGCUUUAAAUACAUGUAGCCUUGCAUUUAUGCUGUGGAAAUGUGUUUGGUUGUCACUCAUUAUACUUUAUAUUUUUUAAAUUCCUUUGUACCUUACAUUUUUUGUUUAUGUGCAGCAGCCUACUGCCAUGCCUCCACAACCCCAACCUGCUUUUUUUGUCGCAUGCUUUCAUGUAUGGCCAGCACUUCCUGAACGACUUAUCUCAUCACGAUUCUAGUCACAAUUAGCUAUAUAUUUAUUGUUUCACGUCAAUAAAAUUGUAUAUAACAAAAUGACUUGUGGCCUAAUAAAAUGGUCUUCACCCUG